AUGUCAUCGAAGGUAUUGAACAUAAAUGUGGGUCUUUUGGGACACAUCGACAGCGGGAAGACAUCUCUGGCCAAAGCUUUGUCCACAACUCAGUCCACGUCUUGUUAUGAUAAGAGCCCUCAAAGCCGUGAGAGAGGGAUAACCAUUGAUUUGGGCUUCUCUUCGGUGCGGAUGUCGUGUCCCAAACAUCUCAUACCAGAGACGGAUCCGUUAGCCGCGGGCGUCGGCGGCACAGAUGCGGUGACCAGUGAUUGGACACUGCAGAUGACAUUCGUGGACUGUCCCGGACACUCGUCGCUCAUUAAGACCAUCGUUGGCGGCGCUCAGAUCAUCGACAUUAUGGUUCUGGUGGUGGAUGUGAUGAAAGGCAUUCAGACCCAGACAGCCGAGUGUCUGGUGAUCGGAGCCAUCACUUGCGACAAACUGGUCGUCGCUUUAAAUAAAGUGGAUUUGAUUCCCGAGAAUAAGCGCGAGAUUGCCGUCGAGAAGAUGUCCAAAAGGAUCGCAAAGACAUUAGAAAAUACGAGAUUCAAAUCGGCGCCCAUUAUAGCAGUGGCCGCACAUCCGACCGAUCAGAAUGAACACAACGCCAACACCGCGGGAAGCGUUGAAAGUGAUGUCAUUAGUGAUGCCAUUGGAAUCGAGGCUUUGUUGAACACAAUUUGUCAACAAAUCUCUUAUCCAAAACGGAGUCCAAAAGGAGAGCUGAUCCUAUCGGUUGACCAUUGCUUUUCAAUCCGCGGUUCCGGCACUGUAUUGACUGGAACUAUAAUCCAGGGAUCAAUUGCUGUCAAUGAUCCACAAACACAGUGUGUUAAACUAGGGUUUGAUGACCUUGCCCCUCAGCAGUCUUCGCCUGGCUUUAUGUCCGCUGUCUAUGCGGUGAUCGCAAGCCUUAACACAAUUGCUUAUUAUAAGGGAAAGUAUGCGACGAAAGCCAAGUUCCACAUCAGUGUUCUUCACGAGACAGUUAUCGCCAAAAGUACUUUCUUUAAGAUCACAGACCAGUCGACAAACAAUUGCGACAAUAGUUUUGAUUUUGAAAGACAAUAUAGUUAUGUGGAAGAGUUGGACAAAGACUUUGAUCCGAAACAAUACUUCGUGUUAUUAGAGUUUGAACGGCCGGUCAUCUUGAAUACGGGUGCGCUAUAUAUCGCCUCAAAGCUCGACACCGAUAUUCACGCCAAUGUCUGUCGUCUCGCCUUUUAUGGCAAUAUUCUGAAGACAUUUUGCGAUAAGAAUUACGCGGAAAAUGAUUUACAAAAUGUCAAGAUUUUUAAAAUGAAAUCAAAAGAGGGAAUCGUUGACAGAAUUUCCAAUGAAUACGAAGUGAUUGUCAAAAAUUUGCUCAAAAAGGAGACAAAUGUCCAGAAUUUUGUCGGCCUUCGAGUGGUGUUGAGUUCGGGCGAUGAGGGAGUGAUUGACGGCGGGUUCGGCCAAAGCGGGAAAGUCAAGGUUCGGAUACCAAAUGGUAUUCAGGAUAAGAGUCUCAUUUCGAGCUCAAAGAAAAAGCAGACGAAUAAUGAAAAUUCAAAUAAUACACAAAUUAAGGCUUUAUUACAAUUUAAGCGAUAUAUCUAUGAUUCACAUAAGAAAAUGAUACAAAACUGA